AACAGCCCCUCAUUCAGUCAUCCACCUCCAACAGCAACCCAGUUUCUCCAGCCAGACCCUCGGACAACGUCCACCAUGAGCAAGUCCUUCUCCUCCCAGUCCGCCCAGUCAGCCUCUUCCUACCGCCGGACCUUCGGCUCCGGUGUUGGAUCCACCCCAGGCAUGUCCUCCAUGUUCUCCCACGGUGGGCGCGGCUCCUCCGGCUCUGCCCACAUGUCCUCCAGAGUGUACGAGAUGACCAAGACCUCCGCUCGCCCCAGCUACUCCUCCGGCAGCAUCCGUUCCUCCUCCGGCGGCGCAAUGCGCUCGUACUCCGGGAUGGGCGAGAAGCUGGACUUCAACUUGGCUGACGCCACGAACCGCGACUUCCUGGACACCAGGACCAAUGAGAAGGCAGAGCUGCAGCACCUGAAUGACCGGUUCGCCAGCUACAUCGAGAAUGUCCGUUUCCUGGAGCAGCAGAACGCUACUCUGGUGGUGGAGAUUGAGAGGCUGAGGGGCCGCGAGCCGACCCGCGUGGCCGAGAUGUACGAAGAGGAGAUGAGAGAGCUGAGGCGUCAGGUGGAUGGCAUGUCCAAUGACAGAGCCCGCAUGGAGGUGGAGAGAGACAACCUGGCUGACGACCUACAGAAACUCAAACUCAGACUGCAUGAGGAGAUCCACCAGAAGGAAGAGGCAGAGAGCAACCUGUCUGCAUUCAGAGCUGAUGUGGACUCUGCCACUCUGUCCAGGCUGGACCUGGAGAGACGCAUCGAGAGCCUGCAGGAGGAGAUCGCCUUCCUCAAGAAGAUUCAUGAGGAGGAGAUCCAUGAGCUGACCAGCCAGAUGCAGGAGACCUCAGUACAGGUCCAGAUGGACAUGACCAAACCGGACCUGACCGCUGCCCUCAGGGACAUCCGCAUGCAGUACGAGGGCAUCGCCGCCAAGAACAUCUCAGAGGCAGAGGACUGGUACAAGUCCAAGGUGUCAGACCUGAACCAGGCUGUGAACAAGAACAACGAUGCUCUGAGACAGGCCAAACAGGAGAGCAUGGAGUUCAGACACCAGAUCCAGUCCUACACCUGCGAGAUCGACUCUCUCAAGGGAACCAACGAGUCUCUGCUGAGGCAGAUGAGGGAGAUGGAGGAUCGUCUGGGAAACGAGGCUGGAGGUUAUCAGGACUCCAUCACCCGUCUGGAGUCUGAGAUCGCCAAGAUGAAGGAUGAGAUGGCUCGCCACCUCAGAGAGUACCAGGACCUGCUCAACGUCAAGAUGGCCCUGGACAUAGAGAUCGCUACCUACAGGAAACUACUGGAGGGAGAGGAGAGCAGAAUCACUGUUUCUGGCUCCCAGUCUUCUCACUCUGGCUCCCACUCGGCUGCUCACUCGGCUGCCUCAUCAUAUUCCACUAUUGGAUUCAGAGAGACCAGCCCAGACGCCGGGCGUUCAUCAGAGGUCCACUCCAAGAAGACUGUUCUGAUCAAGACCAUCGAGACCCGCGAUGGAGAGGAAAGUCCCAUUGAGACCAUGUCUCUUUUGGAAGAGAGCCCUGUUUCACAAAAAAAAAAAAAAAGCAGCAGAAAAAACAAGGUGGUCAGUGAAUCUACACAGCACCAGCAGGACAUCAUGUAAACAACAACAACAACAACAACAACAACAACAACAAAAUAAACAACAAGUAAAAAAAAAAAAAAAGGACGUUUACAUACCAAGAUACGACGGCUGCUCUGGCUAGCUUUUCUAAGGAACGGCUCUUUUGAAAGGUCUCCUUUUGAGAGGGAGUGAGUUAUUAACACCUUAUGAAGAGUUAUAACCACCUUAUGAAGAGUUAUAACCACCUUACGAAGGGUUAUACCCGCCUUAGGUAUGUUCAUAACUCACUAACUCCUAGUAAUCAGAUUUUAUGUGACCAAUCACCAAAGGAGAAGAAGACAGAAGAACACAAUAUUACCGUAAUCAGAAGGUAAUGUUACAGUAAUUAGAAAACAAUGUUACCGUAAUCAGAAGGUAAUGUUACAGUAAUUAGAAAACAAUGUUACCGUAAUCAGAAGGUAAUGUUACAGUAAUCAGAAGGUAGUGUUACAGUAAUCAAAGACCAUGUUACUGUAAUCAGAAGACAAUGUUAUAGUAAUCAGAAGACAAUGUUACUGUAAUCAGAAGUCAAUGUUACUGUAAUCAGAAGACAAUGUUACUGUAAUCAGAAGGUGGGAACAAGGUGGAGUGAAAGUCAAGUCAGGUCAUGGCCAGAACAUGCAAUGGCUAGAGGGGAUCUCUGUAGUGCACGUUUGUUUGUGUGUGUGUAAGGGUCUAUCUGCUUCACAAUGUUUCACAGCCGAUGAUCUGAAAUAAAAUACAGUAUAUGUUGA